AUGGAAGCAGCAGAAUCAGCCACAGAGAAAGGCGGAGACAUAAACGAUCUUCAACGACAUCGGUUUAUUGGUCGCUGUUGGACAGACACUGCGAUCGAAAACCUUCUCCGAACCGAGGAAAAACUCCGCCAUAUCUUCCAAAAAGAGCUAUCUCUUCGCGAAGAGACGAAGGAGCUAGAAAACAGGGAGGCGAAAGACCAGCUUCAAGCCCUAAGCAAGGAGUUUUGGAAAGGUACGCGAGAGUGGUGGAGUCUCCGAAACGAACUUCCCAGCGGCGCCUCCUUGUUGAGGACUGUGCGCGGAAGCAAGGAUGCUGCUCUCGGGGCUGUGGAUGUUGCGUUGAUCGCCCGGUGCAUGGAAACCGUCAGUCUGCAGUUGGACAUUGUACUCUCGAGUGCAAAUGCUGUCGUAAAGCUCGCGGGUUUGAGCUCGCGCAAGAAGAACAAACAGAGAUAUAUGGAAAAGUUCAAACUGGACAUGCGAAUGAACAUAUGCAGCUGGCGUCGAUCUGGGGGUUACAAUGAGAUCGUCACGAAAGUUCAUUUGAACUGA